CCAUUGAAACACACUCACAUGCCUACUACACAUCAAACACAACCACUCACUUUUCUCUCUGAAAUCAAGGCACAGAUAGAGAACAACAAGAUGGUGAAGUUCUCUAAGCAGUUUGAGGGUCAGCUUGUGCCUGAAUGGAAAGAAGCUUUUGUUGAUUAUUGGCAACUCAAAAAAGACCUCAAAAAAAUCCAUCUCCUUAACACCACUACUGACAACAACACCAACACACCCACCAAGCAACGAACUAACUCUAUACCCAAUACCCUCUUCUCCAACUUUAGGAAAAGGUUCUCUUUAUUUGGCCAUCAACAUAAAGACCAUGGAGCAAUUCAAGUUCAUAAGAAACUUGCAUCUUCAGCUAGUAAGGGCGAUAUGUAUGAGACUGAACUGCUUGAGCAGUUUGCGGAUACUGAUGCUACCAAAGAAUUUUUUGCAUGUUUGGACCACCAACUUAACAAAGUGAAUCAGUUCUUCAGAGACAAGGAGGCCGAGUUCAUGGAAAGAGGGGAAAGUUUGAAGAAACAAAUGGAGAUCCUGAUUGAGGUCAAAACAGUAUUCAAGAAACAACGGGGCAAAGGAGCUAUAGCUGAAGAAUCCAAGGAGGAUCCGUCUAUUUCAUGCACCAUUACAUGUGAAGAGGACUCUGUUAAGGAUAGAACAGAACAAGACCAGCCACAAGAGAACAACAUAGAUGACACCGGAAAAAAUGAUGAGCCAUUCACAGACUCUCUUAGCUCAGAAUCAUCAGAUGAUGUGGGGAAUUCGCUGAUGCAGAUGAGAAGAGAAGAUGGGAAAAUGAGGACACUCUCAGGACGUAUUUUCAAUUGCCAAGGAAAGAACUUAAGGAUUAACAUUCCUCUGACAACGCCCACUCGUACCUUCUCGGCACUUAGUUAUAUAGUGUGGGAGGAUUUGAUGAAUCCUUCUUCAAAAAAAUGCGGUCCAGAAGGCCGUAAGCUACAGGUUAACAGAACAAAGUUGCAUCAUGCAGAGAAGAUGAUUAGAGGAGCUUAUGUUGAGCUCUAUAAAGGGUUAGGCUAUCUCAAAACUUACAGGACCCUGAACAUGCUUGCAUUUAUGAAGAUAUUGAAGAAGUUUGACAAAGUUACUGGAAAACAAGUUCUUCCAAUUUAUCACAAAGAGGUUGAGAGAUCCUAUUUCAACAGCUCAGACAAGGUGAUGAACUUAGCAGACGAAGUUGAGGAGCUAUUUAUCAAGCACUUUGCUGAUGAAGACCGAAGAAAGGCCAUGAAAUAUCUUAAACCACUACAGCGUAAAGACUCACAUGCUGUUACCUUCUUCAUUGGGUUAUUCACUGGAUGCUUCUUAGCGCUAUUUGCUGGAUAUGUCAUCGUGGCUCAUAUAAUGGAUGUGUAUGGACGGCCGAAGCCACCUUCAGACUCAGUUUAUAUGGAAACAGCCUAUCCUGUACUAAGCAUGUUCAGCCUACUGUUUUUACACUGCUUUCUGUAUGGCUGCAACAUUUUUGCUUGGAGAAAGGCUCGUAUAAACUAUAGCUUCAUAUUUGAGCUAAGCCCCACCAGGGAACUUAAGUACAGAGAUGUGUUCUUAAUAUGUACCACCUCGAUGACUGCUGUAAUUGGGGUCAUGUUUGCUCAUUUAUCACUAAUUACCAAAGGGUAUACUUCCGCUGAAGUCCAAGCUAUCCCCGGUCUCCUCGUAUUGAUCUUCUUGCUAGUACUUGUGUGCCCCUUCAAUAUCAUCUAUCGAUCAAGCCGUUAUCGUUUCCUUCGUGUGAUAAGGAACAUCAUUUUAUCACCUCUCUACAAGGUUGUAAUGCUGGACUUCUUCAUGGCUGAUCAACUUUGUAGUCAGAUCCCAAUGCUCAGAAAUCUUGAAUCUGUGGCAUGUUACUACAUAACACGGAGCUAUAAAACUGAGGACUAUGGGUAUUGCAACAAGAAUUACCGGGAUCUUGCUUAUGCAGUUUCCUUUCUACCAUAUUAUUGGAGGGCAAUGCAGUGUGCUAGGCGGUGGUUUGAUGAGGGAGAGACAAGCCACCUUAUCAAUCUAGGUAAAUAUGUAUCAGCAAUGUUAGCAGCUGGAGCCAAGGUGGCCUUUGAGAAAGAAAAGGAGGGUGCUGGAUGGCUCUGUCUUGUUGUGGUCGUGUCCAGUUCUGCAACAGUGUACCAAUUGUAUUGGGACUUUGUAAAAGACUGGGGUUUGCUCCAAAUGAAUUCCAAGAACCCCUGGCUUAGGAAUGAAUUAAUGCUUCGACGAAAGAUCAUUUACUACUUCGCCAUGGGAUUGAAUCUUAUUCUCAGGCUUGCUUGGUUGCAAACUGUUCUCCAUUACAAAUUUCAACAAGUUGACGACGGAGUCACUGCUCUAUUUUUAGCAGCCCUUGAGGUCAUUAGGAGGGGGCUGUGGAAUUUUUUCAGGUUGGAGAAUGAGCAUCUAAAUAAUGCAGGCCACUUCAGGGCAGUCAAGACAGUACCACUUCCUUUUCACGAAGUGGAUGAGGAAGAUUGAUGCCAAUUGGUAACAGUAGCUUAUGGAAUUCUAUUCAGGAUCAUAAAUGUUUUUCGGACAAAUACGCCCGAGAGGAACCUUGUUGUAGUCUACUCACCCAACCAACCCAAGUUGAUGUAAAAACACAACAACUUUCUUCAUAUUGUUCAUUGUUUGUUGGGAACAAGGUUCAUACUUGUAUACAAAAUUUUUAUUCAACAAUGAAGAGAAAAGUAAUGCAAAAGGCGCAAUUGUGUUAUUACCUAGUUGACGCCUUGACCGA